GGCAGUCCAGGAAGCGGAAGAAUAGGAUGGUUGUUUGUUUUGCAUUUUGUGAGCAUCGAUGACUGAGUGAAAAUUCUGUUUUAUGACAGUUUGCUAUAAGAGUAAUUCGCCUACUUCAUUAUGGCUCUGCCACCACAGUUAAAAGCCAUUCAACAUCAUCUUCGAACGGCACAGGAACAUGACAAAAGAGACCCGGUUGUUGCUUAUUACUGUCGUCUCUAUGCCAUGCAGUCCGGCAUGAAACUGGACAGCAAGACUCCGGAAUGCCGGAAGUUCCUCAUCAAGCUGAUGGAUCAACUGGAAACGAUGAAGAAGGAACUACAUGAGAACGAGUCCAUUACCCAGGAAGUGGUAGGAAAUGCGCAUAUUGAGAACUACGCUUUAAAGAUGUUUCUCUACGCUGACAACGAAGACCGAGCAGGGAGGUUCCACAAGAACAUGGUCAAGUCGUUUUACACAUCCAGCCUCUUGUUAGAUGUGCUGUCGGUGUUUGGGGAGUUAUCAGAAGAGAAUUUUCAGCACAGGAAGUAUGCGAGAUGGAAGGCCACGUACAUCCACAACUGCCUGAAGAACGGCGAAACCCCGCAGGCCGGGCCCAUCGCAAUGGAAGGGGAAGCAUAUGACGACGACUUUGGUGUUGAGGGUGGGGCGCAGUUCAUGCCGCCCAAUUCUCCACCCCACACCCAGCCUUCCAUGCCUCCCCCGGCUGGCUUCAGUAACAUCCAGAUCCCACCUGGUGCCCACGCCCCGGCUAAUACUCCAGCGGAGGUUCCGCCCCCUGCAGGGGAGCCUGUCAAGCCAGUGCCUGUUCCCAGGACCAUCCCUGCCGUCGACCCCUCAUUGCUGAGCACCAACCAGCAGGGUGAUGUCCGUCUGACUCCGGAGGACUUCACUAGAGCCCAGAAAUACUGCAAAUACGCAGGCAGUGCCUUGCAGUACGAAGACGUCACCACCGCCGUCCAGAAUCUGCAGAAGGCCCUCAAGUUAUUAACCACUGGCAAAGAAUGAAGCCAUUGUGCGGAGCGUCUCUCCGGUUUAUCUGGCCGUAGGAACUGAGAGGCCAUUUCUCCGGCGUUGGCUGUAUCAGAAGAAAGCAAUUCUGCCAAAGCCCUCAUAAUCACUGUAACAACAAUGGCGUCUGUGUCCCUGUACUGGGUCCAUGUAUAGCACUCAUAGUCGUCAACCGCUAGAGAAGAACAAGUAAAAAAAAAGUUCGUUUCAUUUAAGUAUGCCCUUUGUACAUUCUUUUUUUUUUUUUUUUGAAACUUCUGCUUGCAUGUAUGUUUUGCAAACAUGCUGGAGCUCUGGCAGUCAUUAGGGUUUUUGGUUAAGAUCUUAACAUGCUCAGACUUUCUGCUUUUUACAACCAUCAAUAAAAAUUGGCAGAAAUAACUUUCCCUGCUGUAUCUCUGAGGACUCCUCUGCGGUUGAGGGAUUCUGUCCUCUUCUUGCUUUGUAUGAAGAUAUUUCCAAUUAAAAUUUGAAAAUACUAA